CCAAAAUCUGACAUCACAUCCAGCGCGACCGACCAACAACUCGGCUGGCUAAUGUGGAUUCAGUGCUGGUAGAAGUAUGGCCGCCCUGUCUAGCUCCUCAGUCGACUCGAGUCGUCAUGUCUCCUCUCUCUCAAUCGCAUCGAGUCUCCCCGAGGCAGAGGACGAUACUGCCAACGGCUCCGUAACGGUACCGGCGCGACAACCGUUGCCUGCACGGCAUCCUAGCUAUACUUCCAUUCUUGCCAAACGCGGCUUUUCAACAGAACCCGUUCCUGCUGCGCAUGCAUCACCACCCAUCGGCUCGUCGCGCUUCUCAAAUUUACCGCCGUCAUUGACGCGAGCGGCAAGUACAGCGACAACGGCGAGUAUCCUCGAAGAAUGGAAGACUGCGCGUGCUUCAUCGCCUAGAAGUCCUGCUUCCGAUUCCGAUGAACCUACCAAUCCUGCGCGUUCGUCCACUGAAACAGCGCGGUAUGGUCAUCCGCAGGACACUCGUGCGCUUGAGGAGUCGAAACGUCGUAGUCUUGCGGUACCUGCUCGAGAGGCCUCAGGGUCUCGUCGCUCGAAUGUUUCUCGAACACCAGAGCCCAUCGCUGAGUGGUUACAAGACGAACGUACGCCGCAGCCUACCCAAAGAACACGCUAUUUCGAUCGCAGAGAGACUGAUACGGCUUCCGUUGCUUCAGCUGCAAGGACAGAUGCUGGUCUUUGGGACGAGGUGGAUGCCUUGCGUUUUCGUUUAAGACGCCUUGAAUACAGUCAUGUACGUGCACCCUCUGUGGCCUCCUCCUCGCGUCAUUCGCGGUCAGAUUGGGCAUCACGGCUGGAGCACUCGCCGGGUGAGCGAGAGAGCAGCACGGUGUUACUCAGACGUUACUUGCAGCGGCUGAGAAGUCUACAAACAACAGAUGAUGUCCACGUUGCGCUUGAUUUGGCAGCGACCGACGUACUGGCAUUGGCAGCCAUGCCUCUGGCUGACUCGGCAGCGGUGCGUGUUCAAGGGCUUUGCAGGGCACUGACGACGCUUUGUGCGGGGCAUCUCGCGGAGCAUGGAGGUCCUUCACCCCGUCCACGGCGAGAACCAUCGAUAUUGCAGGAACGACUGAGUCGACGCGCGACCAUGGGACACAGUCGUCCUGCAAGCAGUCUAUCUGGUAUUUCUCGUUAUGAGAGUGGUGGUCGUUCAGGGAGUGAUUUGCGUUCAAGUACAGGCAGUAUUCGCUCUUCCUUCCAGUCACGCUUACUGGACGAUGAACAGGGACAAAGACCACAUCGGUAUUCGAGUCUUGGGGAUCGACUUGGGAAUGGUUCACGGCAUUUGGAGACACGGGAGAGGUUGCAGUAUGAGAGUACACCUGAGCGCGGAGAGUACAGGCGAAGUCCCAUCACGCGGGCAGAUCUUUCAGCGCGGUAUCGGCGAGGUGAGUCAGAGUCGCCGAGAGGACCUGAGUCUGUGUAUGGCAGAGAGAGAAGCGUUGUCUAGUCAGUCUAGUGUGUCUAGUGAGUCCAGUGCAGGCUCAUCUGAAUGUGAUUGGCUCCAGAAAUA